AAAAAAGAAAAGAAUUGCCCCUUCCCUCUUCUUUUUUCUCACGUAAGAGGAGAGAGAAACAGAGUCUUCACAAAAAGAGGAGAGAGAAAGUGAGAGAGUGUGUGACUGAGCGACUCGUUGAACUAGCUCGCUUCGAAGCUUCGAAUCGCUACUCUUUUCCUCGAAUUUCACUGAUUUGGAAAGUUGUUGAGGGUGAAGUUAGUCAGAUUUCUGCUGAAAGAAAGAAGCUUUAGUUUGAGUGGCAGCGGGAUUUGAUAAUGGGCGAGGAGGAUGCGAAGGCGGAAGUUGUGGAGCCAGUGACAAACGGGGCCAAGUCUCAGGAGAAGGAGGUUAAAACCGUGGUGGAGAAAGAAGAGAACGGAGUGACAGAAAUGGAAGAGGAUAAGAAAGAUGAGAUUGACGGCAAAGCGGAGUUAAAAGCAGAUGCCGAGGGGAAGGGUGAAGAGAAGGUGGAUGGAGGCAGAGAGCCUAAAGAAGAGGAAGAGACCAAAGUAAAGGAAGCCACAGAGCCUAAGGAAGAGGAAGAGACCAAAGUAGAGGAAAGCACAGAGCCUAAAGAAGAGGAAGAGACCAAAGUAGAGGAAGGCACAGAGCCUAAGGAAGUGGAGGAAACUGAAGUAGAAGAAGGUAAAGAAAAGCCUGAAGCUGAGGCAAUGGAAGAAGAAAAGAGCUCUAAUGAAAAUGGGAAAGACGAUAAAAUGGCUGAGAAAACUGAAGUUGCAAAAGAGAAAACUGAGGGUUCAGAAGAGAAAAUGGAUGAAGAGAUGGUGACUCAAGAUGAAAAGGUAGAGGGUAAGGAAGAGGCAAUGGAGAGUGGGGAGGGAAAUGAAGAUGGAGAACAUGAAAAAGAAGAGGCAAAGGAUAGCGAAAAGGAAAAAGAAGAAGAGGAGGUGAAGGGAACAGAAGAUGAGGAGGUGAAGGGAACAGAAGAUGAGGAGGUAAAGGGAACAGAAGACGAGGAAGUAAAGGAAAAAGAAGAGGAAAUGGGGAGCAAGGAGGAGAAAUCCUCAAAGAAGCGUAGUAGGGGGAAGAGUGCUGAGGAAAAGGGUGCAGAUAAGAAAAAUAAAGUUGUCCAGAAGGAGCUUGAGCCUAGAACUCCAACUAUUGAUCGCCCCGUACGUGAACGAAAAUCUGUAGAAAGGUUGGUUGCGACAAUUGAGAAAGAUACCUCUAGGGAUUUUCACAUUGAGAAGGGUCGCGGCACCCCACUGAAAGAAAUUCCAAAUGUUGCAUAUAAGCUGUCAAAGAAAAAGACCGAGGACACCUUUAAGAUGCUACACAUGAUUCUGUAUGGAAGAAGAGGGAAGGCAACUCAAAUUAAACAUAAUAUAUCGCGGUUCUCAGGUUUCGUCUGGCAUGAUAAUGAGGAGAAGCAAAGGAUGAAAGUCAAGGAGAAAUUUGACAAAUACGUCAAAGAGAAAUUGCUGGAAUUCUGUGAUGUGCUUGACAUACCGGUUACUAAAGCCACCAUUAAAAAGGAAGACAUUGUUGUUAAGCUGCUUGAUUUUUUGGUUGCUCCUUAUGCUACUACUACAGAUUUACUUGCGGAGAAAGACCAGGGCAGGAAGCGCAAAAGGUCUGCCACAACAGGUGGAGCUAAAUCAACAUCACCUAAGGACUCUACCAAGAGUCGAAAGAAGGCAGGCGAUGCUUCUAAUAAAGAAGAAAAAAGGACUAGUCCAGAGACUGAUGACGAGUCUGCGGAUGAGGAAGGAAAGAAGGAGAACGGAAUUGCAGAAAGAUCUGAGGAUGAGAAAUCUGAACAGUCUGAUAGUGAAGAUAAAAGGGACAUGUCUGAAGAUGAUUCUGAAGAAGAUACACCAAAGGAGAAGGCAAGUUCAGGAAAAGAAAAACAAGAAACCAAGAAAAAGACUUCAAAUGUAGAAUCUUCAGGAAAAGCUUCUAGCAAAAUAGUUAUCACUCCUAGGAAAGCCAGGUCAGUUCCUAAAGGUUCAAGAAAACCAUCAUCAAACAGUUCCAAGGUUGUUGAGAGCAAAGACACAAGUCCGAAGGUAUUCUCGAGGAAGAAAAAGAAGGAGGAGCCAAAGGAAGAGCCGAAGAAAGAGUCAAAAAAGGAGAAGUCUCCAGCUUCGAAGAAAUCUGCUACAAAAGAAAAACCUGGUAAAAAGGCCGUGAAAGGGAAGGAGAAAUCCAAAGAAGACAAGUCGAAGCCAAGUGAUGAUGAACUAAGGAACGCAAUAUGUGACAUUCUAAAACAAGUUGAUUUUAACACGGCAACCUUCACUGAUAUUCUGAGGCAACUCGCCAAGCAAUUCAGUACUGAUCUCGCAUCCAGAAAGUCAUUGAUCAAGCUUAUGAUACAGGACGAGCUUACCAAACUAGCAGAUGAAGCUGAUGACGAAGAUGAUGAGGGAGAUGAAGAGGAUGCUGAAAAAAAUGAAGCCGAGCCUGCUGCCAAAGAGGUGAAGACCUGAUUGAUACAACACAACACAACACAACAGCAGAACAAAGUGGGUAAAAUGCGCCUGUCCAUACCUUUCGAUUCUGCCCUGUUGUCAAAGAGAAAUAGAUAGUAUUAACUUUGUUUUAGUAAACGGCCCUUCUUGUUUUAGUCUGUAAAAGUAGCCUGUAAUCUAUCGAUAGUUGUUUAUAAUAUUCUGGCAAACAAACUAGUCUUUUGCUAGAGAUAGUCCUAGAAAAAGUUGAUGCCCAUGCUGCAGGAUGCAGGUUGUAAUAUACACAUUCAUGAACUUGUUAGGUCUUUUAUUUUUGAGCUUUCUAAUUUACACUGACUUCUGUUAUCA